GUUCAAAGAAAACCUAAAACGAUUUUCUGAUGAUCAGAGACAGUUGGGAGGCAAGUCAAACAAUCGCUAGCGACCAUUUUACAGCCAUUAUCUUUUACAUCCUGUAAAGAAAAGAUUGCCUCAAAAGGACACAUUUUUGCUGUGAUAAGACGCUGGAAAGCGAAAACAAAACAUUUAUGAUUUAAUAUCUUGUCCGAGUCAAUAUAGUCAGAACGGCAUUCUGUGAAAAUAAGUGCUCAAAAAAAAAACAACAUGAUUUUAUUGGAUGUGGACAACGAAAUGAACAGUCUGAUAACACUGUUUUAUACGCUUGCUAUCACAGCUUCAUUGUCAGGUACGUAAGGAUUUUUACGUUGUUUCACCAGUUCCAUGAUUGUGGCUAAACAUUCUACGGUUGUAGUUAAUUUUCGCGCGUCAAGUGAUUUACAACGCAUUUACCAUAUAAAGCACAGAUCUUCGUUUUCGUUUAUAGCUCCUGAAUUUGCUGUUAGCCUGACAAUUUUCUUUACAGUUAAAUAUGCCGUUGUUUAUAACUAACCUGAGGCCAGUCUAUUUGGAUACGGUUUUUCUUUGUUUUCAAACCCGCAGAGAGUGUUAAUAAUAAUUUUCUGUGGGCAGUAGGCAGGUAACCCCCAAAUUGAAGGAGGAUUUUACCCCAUAUCGGUCAGAUCGACCUAAGCUGAAUCACCGCCAUUUUUAGAAUAUUAAAUCGAACGCACUGGACAAUUUAUAAGAUUAUUACGAACAAUGAAAGGCUAGGAUUUUGUUGAUUUUCGUAACACACUCGGUAGAUGUAAUUUAAAUAUUGCCCGUAACGCGAGAAAAUAGUCUAAUUUUAUUGCGACGGCUGUAAAGAAAGAAGAAGAAGCUGCGAAAUAGUAAGCGAAUGACACCCGUCUACUUAGUUUUUGCUGAUCGAUUUGUACCAUCGACUCCUGCCUGUGUGGUCGUAACAAGCGAAUACAUGUUUGCUGAAGGCAAAAUUAAUUUUUGUUAGAUUUAAUUACCCCAAAAAUGUAUCCUCGGGGGCCGGUGCGGGAAUAUGGAUUGUCAGGAGCCCAUUUCACCUGGGGAAGUUCAUUAUUCAGUCCACCAGACGGUCGAAUUAUUAAGUUUCAAAGAAACUGAAGAUUAUUUUUAACCUUGAAAUAUCGAAAAGUAGACAAACAGUAGCAACGCUAAAGGAAUCAUUAGGUCUGAGAAAUACGAACUCUUGAUGUCCGACAUCUUUCAUAAACGGCAAAUCGUGUUGAUUGGAGCGUGAAAAAAAAACUAUCAGCGAAGAAAGUGCACAAUUGUCUUCAGUCUAGACGUUGUGAUGAAAAUUAAAACUUUGGCAUAACGUCGAGAACCGCUUAGUUUUGCAAAUCGCAAAAGCACUAUUUAGACAUGUAUUGCUCUGCGAGCAGAGGUUUCUGUCUUGCAUGGCUUUUAGCAUUUGCUACUGUAGGUCGUUUGCAUGGCUCAGUGUCUGCGCGUAGUUGCUUUGUUUACGCCCACGGGAACGACUUUGCAAUUGCUAUAAGCCAUGCAAGAGAGAAACCUCUACUCGCAGGGUAGACAUGAUAGAGCAAUAAAAAUCAAACAUUUCGUGAAUUUGAACAUUUGAAAAUCGACAUGUAUAUACCAUGGCCAAAUGCGCGAGAGUCAUCAUUAUUCAAAAUAAGUCAAGAUUGAAACUCUAAUGGCAGCUUAAAAUGCAAUAGAAAAAAUUUGCAUGGGGUCGGCGCGGUCCUGUCAAUUGUAAUACACAAUUUAUGUAAUCUCACCCCGCAUUAAAUACGGUAAACCAAACGUUUUCAUAAAGUAAUUGAAUCUGUAAUUCGUGGAAAAGAAGCCUUUUGCUGGACCCUCUUGAUUAAUUUUACGACAUUUUUCACGCUGGCUGUUUAGCACCUUCCUUGAUGCCGAUAAUCACCGAAAAAUUUUAAGCAUUUUUGGUUUUGAAUGUUUUUUGUGUACCUUAGGAUUUAUUGUGUGGUAUGUUAUACAAACAAUUGAAAACAUUUCGUAAGCCGAGCCGCAAAUGUUUACUCUAAAUUGAGACAAUCUUUAAUUUUUUAUCACUUUUAGCUGCCUGAAAUUCUUAGUUUUUAGUCACGUGGCCCGAAACGCUUUGGCCGCGCGCAGAAUAAUGAGGUCCAGGGACUAGGCAAAGUUCCUCGUAGCCUUUAUUGCGAAAAUGGAUAAGUGGAUUAACUACCCGCGUCAGGAACUACCGUAGACUGACACACACACGUACAAACUGUAAUAUACCCUCCAGUUAUAAGCCCAUCUACAUGCAAACAAAAAAAAUGCACGCGAUUAUUACCCCUCAGUUACAUGCCCCCCUCUUAGCUCUAUUACCUUAUAUCAGUCGUUGAUGCACACCUAAUUUUUAGAUCUUUAAUAUCGUUGAUAUUUUUUCUUUUAUGUUUUCAACAACCAUAGCGACAGCAGCUGACGGAUCAAAUAACACAACUUAUCUCACCUUAAGCACUUCAGCCACAGUACCUUUAGGAAGCGUUUCAACUACUUUGAGCAGCUUAUCAAGUAAAGAGAACACUUCUAUCAACAAUACGAUUCCAGUGAGUUUUAGUGUGACUGCAGCUGUCACUGCCACUUCACACACGUCAAGUGAUGCACCAAGUACCACUGGUGCGACUGAAACAAGCGUCACAACAACAUCCGCAGCCACACCCAGCGUUACUGCACAGGCUUUCAGUCACUCCAGCAUCGGUAACACAAUAAAAGCGACCAUCACUCAGAGCACGACAUCACAUUCCAAUCAAUCCAACUACAUAAGCACUUCAACUACUGUUCCUUCAGUAAGUACACCUACCCUCAUGUCCAGUGGCAGUGUACUAGAUCAAAGUUCUUCCACCGUCAAGUCCACCGUCACAGCUCAGAGUAAAGAAGACCCAAGCACUGCAACCAUUGCGCCUUCCGUAAGUUCCACCAUUCACUUUUCUAGUCAGGAAAGCAGCGCUUCAGUUAAAUCUGACGUCACUGUUCAGGCUUCAUCGACCAAUAUCACUAACCCAAUGGUAGCUUCCGUGCAAUCCAACUCAACAACAGAAAACACAGUGUCUGCAGCUGAAAACAGUUAUAACUCUGUCACAGCUACCAUUUCCAACACGCCCAUGGCGUCAUCCUACAAGUCACCAUCUCUUGUAACAAAAUUCCUGGUAUCAUCGCUUUCUGUGGAAUCCUUGGCGCCUAUACCAUCUGCAGGUGGUACUACAGUCGUCUCUGUGGAUACGAGUUCACAUUUCAAGCCUUCGGAUUCAACGAUUUCACAUACUAAUUCUUCCAAAAUGUCGUCCUUGUUUGUAUCUUCUUCGGCUACUGUAUUAAACGUAAACUCGUCCUCAUUUACCCUUGUUCAUCCAUCGCCAACUUCUCAAGCCGUCGUACCCACAUCAACCUCAUCGCGGCCAACCACUCCAGUAGAGGAAGUCAAAACUGUUAGUAUGGAAAUGACUCUUGCCUUGACAUUUAAAGACGAUUACAGGGAUCCAAACAGUGAAGCAUACAAGGAUUUAACGACCAACCUGACGAGGAGCUUGGAGAAAACGUAUCAAAGCAUCGAGGGUUUUAUUGGUAUCCGCAUUCUCUUGAUAAGAGAGGGAAGUGUAGUAUGCACAUAUAUCGUCAUCUUAGCAAAGGAUUCAAAAGCUGAUGAGGAAAUGUUGAAAAAAACUUUGGAGAAAGCGAGUAAAGACAAAACGUUUGGUUUUAAAGUAACGAGUGUCAAAGUUGAAGAGGAACCGACAGCUAAACCAGAAGAGAAGCUACCCAACUGGGCGUUGAUAACUAUGAUCGCGUUGGGAUCUUUAUCAUUUGUCUUCCUGGUCACUGUUAUAUGCGUCUGUGUAAGUUAAAAAAGAGACAAUUAUAGUUUCUUUUUACAUGAUUAUUUUAUGCUUGGUGUAACUCUCAGUGAAGUAAUGCUAACGUUCAAAUGAAGUUACCCUUGGUGAUUACUAUUAUUAUGUGGCCAAUUACCAAUAACGAUCCAAUAACUGCUCAGAAAUGCAAAGGGGAAAGCUAGGGUAACAUCAGAUUAUUCUGGUUGUGUGUCAUAUUUUAUAUCUCUUAGUCAGACACAGGAAGUUCGCAACAGUCAAAGAACUUCUCAAGUUCUCCUCUUUUCUGAGAAGUAUUUUAAAAAAGAAAAGCGCAAUGACUGCACGGCGUAGGAAAAUGAUUGUAACUUUAAAAUGUUGCUAAUCUGUUAUCAACUUGUGCCAUCGUGUCUCUGAAAAAUUGCUAAAGAUAAUACUUCAUGCUUUCCUUUCUUGAUUUCCUUGGAAAAUGUCCCUACAGUUUUAUAGGUGCGGAUCAUACAAGAACAGAAAAACUUUGGCUGCAUGACAAUUCAAAGAACUGAGACAGUUUCUUUGAACGUUUUGUAGUAUGCAAAUGAAAUUUGUUCCUUGGAAUGCACAUUAUAAAGAUCGGAUGGUCAGUUGUUUUAAUAAGACAAGGGUUCCCGUGAGAGUGUUUUACUUGCAAUGCCUUUUUUGAACAUAGGUUAAAUGUAGAAGAUCUAAAGGUGAGAACAUGGCGUACGGUAUAUCCACCGGAGAACUUGAAAUGCACACAUAUGAGAUCGUACAGGCAGACCACGGUAAACUACGAGCUAAAACAGAUGGCAAAACCUCCACAAUGGAGAGACGUAUAAUAGGAUCACAUAGUAAUCCAGUAAGUAACUAUUCGUUACUAUACCGAAAUGGGAAGUGUAGGCGAUUAACAUGAAUGCGACUUUCUUCUGAGGUAGCUAAUUAGAGCAGUGUUGAAGCACUGCGAAUUCACUUGUGGGGUAAGUCUUUCACCAAAAAAAUAAAGCUAUAUUAGAUCAUCUUGUUGACUAGUUGUUUUUUUUUUUUUUGGAAUUACCAGUUUUGACAUCAAACUACACAAAAAUCAGUCAUGAUGUUAAAUUUAUUUUUCAGACUUACAGCUCCAACGGUGCCCACGCAGACUACUGAUCAUGGACGACCUUCUCAAAAUCAGCAUCACACCUUUCAGGGCAUUUGGAGCCAGUUUCUUUGAACGUUUUGUAGUAUGCAAAUGAAAUUUGUUCCUUGGAAUGCACAUUAUAAAGAUCGGAUGGUCAGUUGUUUCUGACAUUUAACAAAAUGGUAAAUGGCUCAGCUAUCGCCUCGUGCAACUCUUACGCUUCUUUCGUGCUUAAGAACCCUAUCCCAAGUGCAACUAUACCGUAAAAUUCCGAAAAUAAGCCCCGGGGCUUAUAUUUUUCAAAGGCCCUUUUUGAGGGGCUUAUAUUCGGAGGGGCUUAACUACGGAGGCAAAUUUGCGUUUACAAAUCGGUUGGGCUAACCUUAUAGUUGGAAGUAAAAUUACCGUUUUUGUGUUGUUUUACUUUGUAUUUGAGGGCAACUUUCCAAGUACAAGCCGCUGGGGGGCUUAUAUUUGGAGGGGCGAUUUAACGGAGGGUUUUUUGCGUCACCGGUUUGGGAGGCUUAUACUUAGAGGGGCU